AUGUCACCGGGCAGAUCGAGAGCGCCAAGUUUCCUGAAUUCGAUGAACUUUACUGCAAGUACUGCUUUGUGUACGGACAUGACUGGGCACCCACCUCUGGGGUGGAAGAAGGAAUAUCUCAAAUUGCUUCUAAAAAUAGACAUAUAA